CAAAACCAUUCUCAUUCUCUUUCUUCCCCAAAAUUUCACCUCUCAAUUUUCCGGAGAGAAACCGAAGCCAUGAACACGAUGCACUACGCGGAGGUCAGCACCGCCGGCGCCGGCACCGGAAAGCACGAGGAGAUGGACAUCGAGUCCGGCGAGCUCCUGUACCCGGGCCUCAGCAAAGGCGAGAAUCAGCUCCGCUGGGGCUUCAUCCGCAAGGUCUACGGCAUCUUAUCCGCUCAGCUUCUCCUCACCACCGCCAUCUCCUUCGUCACCGUCCUCUACACUCCGGUCAACGACCUCCUCAAGGGCAGCCCCGGCCUUCUCAUCUUCUUCGCAUUCCUUCCUUUCGUCUUGUUGUGGCCCCUGCAUGUUUACCAGCAAAGGCAUCCUCUGAACUUUGUCUUCCUUGGACUUUUCACUCUGAGUCUGAGUGUCACUGUUGGUGUAGCGGUUGCUAAUACUGAUGGAGCAAUAGUGCUUGAAGCCUUGAUUCUGACAUCGGGUGUGGUUGCAUCCUUGACUGCUUACACCUUCUGGGCUUCAAAGAAGGGCAAGGACUUCAGCUUCCUUGGACCAGUCUUGUUUACUGGCCUCAUGGUUCUCGUCUUGACCAGCUUCAUGCAGAUGUUCUUCCCUCUUGGGCCUACAUCGAAUGCUGUCAUUGGUGCCGCUGGUGCUAUCCUCUUCUCUGGCUAUAUCGUCUACGAUACCGAGAAUCUUAUCAAGCGGUUUACUUAUGACGAGUACAUCUGGGCCUCCAUCACUCUUUACCUUGACAUUCUGAAUCUAUUUCUUACAAUCUUGCGGAUGCUGAGGUCGAGCGACUCUUAGUCUGCAGGUGGACCAACCGAAACACUGCAGUCUGGUUUUGGCAAAAAAAAAAAACUCAAUUGUGGACAUAGUAUAUGUAGUCCAAUGCUGAAAAUACCAUUGUGGAUGUAGUAUAAAGAUGCUCCACACUUUACUUUUAUUGGCUCUUUUGGCUGAGAUUGCUGUGGGAUGUCAUGCAACUUCUUAGUAGUACAGUAAUACGUUUGCAUGACUUAUGUGUGCUUACAUCAGGUCGAUUAUGUGAAUGGUCUUCUUAUUUGCUCAUGUUCCUACAUGUUUUCUCAUUGCUUGAGAUAUAUCGGUCUUUUAAGACACUGCAAUAUUUGACAAAUGAUAAUAUUGCAGUUUAAAGUUGUUAUGUAAGGGCAUUAGCCUGUAAAUAAAUUUGUUAUCCAAUUUACCGCA